CACAUGAAUCACGUGACUUUUUCAUGUCAACAUGGCUUUCAGGCAAAACAAGACGGUCUGCGCAAAAAUGUCAACAUUUAUGAAGAGUUUGUUAGUGCUGGGUCUUUUCUGGGGCUGUGGUCGAGCUGAAAUCCGAUCCGCAGUAAUUGAUAAAGGCAGCGGAAAGUUGACCGUCGUCGAAGGCUAUCAUGAAGGCUUUGUCGCCUGGGCGAACUUCACCAACGACAUCGAAACCUCAGGUUGGUCCUUCUUGGAGAUCACUACCAGCAGUCAGUACAACGACAGAAUCCAGGCUUAUGCUGCUGGUGUGGUUGAGGCUGCAGUUACCUCAGAGCUCAUCUAUAAACACUGGAUGAACACUUUGAUGGGUUACUGUGGACCCUUCGUGUCUGAUUCGAGUUACUGUGAGCGCCUUAAGGCUUUCAUUAAAGCCAACUUGGAGUGGAUGCAGGAGCAAAUAGAGAAACAACCGACAUCACCCUACUGGUAUCAGGCACAUUUAGUUCUCCUACAGCUGAAAGGUCUGGAAGAUGGCUACAACGAUCAACUAUCUUUUCCAACAGGCCACUUCUCCAUCAAUCCAAUGGGAUUCAUACUUUUUCAGAUGGGUGGAGACAUUGAAGACUUGGAGUCGGCUCUGAAUAAAUCAAGUCAAACUCGACCUCUUGGCUCUGGCUCCUGCUCAGCUCUCAUUAAACUGCUGCCAAACAAUAAGGACCUGUUUGUGUCCCAUGACACCUGGAACACUUACCAAGCCAUGCUGCGAAUCAUGAAGAAAUACAGAUUUGCCUUCAAAGCAUCCUCUUCGGGCAAUGACCCUCUUCCUGGAGGAACUCAGGCCUUUUCAUCUUAUCCUGGAGCUAUCUUCUCUGGAGAUGACUUCUACAUUCUAAGCAGUGGUUUAGUUACACUGGAAACCACUAUUGGCAACAGCAACUCUACCCUCUGGAAGUUUGUUCAGCCGACUGGAACUGUCAUGGAAUGGCUACGGAACAUCGUCGCUAAUCGACUGGCCACCACUGCCAAGGAGUGGGCUGAGAUAUUUAGGAAAUACAACAGUGGGACGUACAACAACCAGUGGAUGAUUGUCAACUAUAACCACUUCACACCCGGGAAAACAGACAUUAAAGAAGAUCUUUUUGUUGUAUUGGAGCAGAUUCCGGGACUUGUUGUUUACAGUGAUAAGACUCAAGAACUGCUGAGGAAUGGAUACUGGGCCAGUUUUAACAUACCGUACUAUGAGGAAAUUUUUAAUGCAAGUGGCUGCAAUGAGCUUGUUGAGAAAUUUGGCCCAUGGUUCUCCCUAGACCAGAAUCCUCGAGCACAAAUAUUCAGGAGGAAUCAGACACAAGUCACAGAUUUGGAUUCCAUGAUUCGUCUAAUGAGAUAUAAUAACUUUAAAGAAGAUCCAUUAUCAAUGUGUGAAGGCUGUAAUCCACCUCAGAAUGGAGAGAAUGCCAUUUCGGCCCGUUCAGACCUGAAUCCAGCAAAUGGAACGUACCCAUUUGGUGCCCUAAAGCAAAGAUCACAUGGAGGAACAGACAUGAAGAUGACUUCUUUUGGAAUGUUCAAAGAGUAUGGCAUGAUUGCAGUAAGUGGACCAACCUGGGACCAACUGCCACCCUUCCAGUGGAGCACUUCACCCUACAAAGAUCUGGUGCAUAUGGGCCAUCCGGAUGUUUGGAAUUUCAAGCCUAUAAAAGUCACCUGGACCCCUUGAUUGAUAUUAUGCUUGUAUGCAUUUAGCAUUAUAUACAAAAUCAGCUUUGAUGGGUUUAAGCCUGCUUUAGCAUAAAACAGUUGAAUGAUUUAUCUGUAAUUGAAAAAUUGUGAUUAUACUGAUUUUAAUUGCUAUUACAAUGUUUCAUUUUGCACAAAAGAUUGAGUGAUUUACAAUCUUGCCAAGAAGUGUUGCUAUUGUUUGGGAUGUACCACUUUAAUUUGAAAAUGUUUUUUUUAUUUUUUAUCUUAUUUUCAUAAGAAAUGUAUGUUUUAAUAUGUACUUAAUAAAUAAAACCCAUGAUUAUUUUUUGAUAAACAUGGUGACUACACAUAC